UGUUUGUUUACCUCUGUCGUCUACAUGUUUCUAAAUUUGUAAAUCUGUUUAUUGAUAUAUUCAGAAUUGGAGCAGCUUGAUUGGAUAGAAAUUUGUACAUCUUACAAUGUUCAUGGUUCAUGCCUAUCUGUGGUAAGAUGGUAGCUGUUAUAUUUUCAAAGUAUGACUUUUUUUUUACAAAGAUUAGUGCAUCCUUGGUACACCAUUUAGAAAAUAAUGAUACAAAAUAAUUAUGGAAAUGAUAAUUUUUUAUUAAGAAUUAGUUCACAUUACUAUUUACAUUUUUGUGUGAUUCCUCAAAUAAUUAACCAACAGAGUAAGAAGAUGAGUUGUUGAUUGUAGUCCAAGAAUACAUUUUUUUCCUUGCAGUUAUCAAUAUUGAGUGAAAGACUGUAGCUCCAAACAUGGACAGUUUGCCUUUAGAUACAAAAGUGCAUGAGGAUACAGUUGAAUUUGUUUCUGUUGAAGAAAAAAAUAUUAAAGGUAUUAGUAAAGGAAAUGAUCAAGAAGUGAAAGAAGUUAUUGAUCAUGUGUAUAAAGAAGAAAUCACUUUUGUAAAGACUGAAGAUGACAUAAAUGCAAAUGAAUACUCAAUAUGCAAAGAAACAGAAAUUGUUCAUAUGGAAACCAUUAAAAGUGACUCAAAUAUCUUAAUGAGUGACUAUGAAGAUCCGUUAAAAGUGCCAGAGUUGGGAAAUUGUAAAGAAACCUUCUCAUCAGAUAAUCUGGUUACACACAAGGAAACUGAGGAGGAUGGGUUACCCCAAGUUGAUAGGAAAGGAAAACGUUUUAUGUGUGUGUUAUGUUGCAAAAAGUACACUUACAGGUAUGAAUUACUGAAACAUGCAAGAGUUCAUACGAAGGAGAGGCCUUAUAGCUGUGAUAUAUGUAGUAAUGCAUUUGCAGAGAAAAGAACUCUGAUGCGUCACAUGUUGGUACACACAAAGGAAAAGCCCUUUAAAUGUGAGAUCUGUGACAAACCAUUCUCUCGUAAAAGCGAAAUAAAAUUACAUAUGAGAGUCCAUACAAAGGAGAAGCCCUAUACCUGUGAAAUAUGUGGCAAGAUGUUCACCAUGAAAGGAAACCUUGGAAUACAUAUGAGAAUACAUACAGGGGAGAAGCCCUUUAGCUGUGAGAGAUGUAGCAGGGCAUUUUGUCGCAAAAGCGAUCUAAUUGUACACAUAAGAACACACACAAAAGAGAAGCCUUAUGCUUGUGAAGUUUGUAGUAAGACUUUCUCAGAGAAAGGUCAUCUAAAGAGUCACAUGAGGGUUCAUACAAAGGAGAGACCCUAUAAAUGUGAGGUUUGCUAUAAAGCAUUUUCUCAAAAACACCAUGUAGAAAAACACAUGGGAGUGCAUACUAAAUUGAAGUCAAGUAUCAGCAAGUCUCAGCCAUCUGAAAGAGGAACUAUCAGAGAAGAAACGCCAUAAUUAUUUUAAACAAAAGUUUAUCAUUUUAUUUUCACAUUAACACAGAAUUUUGCUGGCCCUAUUGUAAAUGCCUUUUCCAUUAGAAAUGCAACUUUCUCAUUUAUUAUUUAAAGUAUGUAUCCUCCCAAGACUUUUUAUAUUAUAUUGUAGUGUCUUGCAUCAAAAUUUUACUGUAGCGUCCCAAGAGGACCAGCUUUCUGAUUCCUCUCCACCUUUCUUCAUAUCUGUUUUCAUUUUUAUUCAUUGUUUUAGUUUAUUUCAUUUUCUGUGUUAAUUAAAUUGCUAGUAAUUUAGCCCUUCCGUAUAGGUAUUGAGUUUUUGCCUUUACUUGUUUUAUUAUUUAUGAUGUAAUCACCUAUUUAUAUAUUAUUAAGGAUUCAACCAAUCAGCUUUUACUUCUAAUGUUGAGUUGCUAAAGACAAAAGUAGAUGUGGUUUUAUCCUCCAAAAAAGGAACUUCAGUGCAAGAAACCUAAGUGAAGUAUCUGGGGCCUUCCUAUAGAGUUUCUAAAAAAAUAACUAUCUGCAUGGCUGCUUAGGUGUUGCUCAAUUUCAAACAGAACCAAGGGUGUAAUAAUACUGCAGGGAUAGUAUUCCAGGUAGGGAAUUGCGCCUUAUUCUUUUACUGCUGUGAAAUUCAUGAUCCCAGAUACAACAGUUUUAAUUUGUGCAAUAGUGGAAGUAGGAUGUGUGAACAUAUAUGCACAGGUAUUUGCUGUCCAAUUCAGGCAUUUAUGCAAAUUUGAAAAUCUGAAAACUCUACACUUUGAAUGGGAUGGGUUACCAAAAUAUAUAUGUAUAUAUGUGAAGGGGCUCUAAAUGACAACAUAAUUUCACAAUGUCAUAAAAAAUGCUUCCAUUUUCAUACUCCACAAGAAUCUCUGAACAUGUUCUUUUUUUUUCUUUUUUUUGUUCAUGAUAAUUUUUCAUUUUACAAAAGUUUUGUUAUACCUUGAUCUUAACUUUUUUUUUUAUCUGAGACUAAUAUAAAUACUAUUAUAUGGCAUACU